AUGCAGGCAGCAGCCCCGGGAGGUGGAGCCGCCAGCCCGAGGAGUCCCCGCCGCAGUCGCGCUCCGUCUGCCCCCCGGAGCCGCCGCCGCAGCCCCAGCUCCGGAGACCUCAGCUCGAAGCGUCCGGGACCCCGGGAUCCGCCCUGCUCAGGCUUGGGGGCGCCCCCACCCCGCCCAGCCCCUGCCCCUGCCCCUCCUAGCUCCCCGGACGGCUGCGCGUCUCCCGGGGAAGCCGCUCCCGGACGCGGGGCCACCGCCCGAGCAUCUCAGCUGCUGGCCCGGCUGGGCAGCGGGCAUCUGCGAAGCUCGCCCUGGUUGGCACCGGCCACCUCCGGGCACCUACCGUCUCAGGCGCCGCCCGGCUUCUUGUGA